GCACAGGGGGUUCCUCCCGUUGCGACCUGAACUGAGCAGUCUCCGGAGCACAGUGGGACACGCCACUCCCCGGGCGUCUAGGAGGCGCGCGCUUAGCCAGGGCGGGGGUGAAUUCUAACUCAGCGCUCCAUUGCAGCUCCAGCUCGAGCUCACUGAACGGGCUGCAGCGGGGGGAGGUGGAAGGGAAGGAGCUUAUUUGACAUUUUAAUUGCAGAUAUGACAUUUAUUGCUGAGACUACAUAGCGCGUAGGUCCUUCGGGUCACAGGUUCUCUGCCUUCCCACGCAGUCUCUCUAGCUGGAUGAAGAAGGCACUGGGAUUGCACUCAGGAGAAGGUCCCUCCUUGCGUGAUAAAGGAACAGAUAGGUCAGUUUGCUAUCUGUAGCCUGUGUCCGCUUCUGUCUGGGCAUUAGGUUGGCUGAUGGUGAGCCACAGGGAACAGCGAGAUAAAAGGUGUAUCUCUCCUGUGUAGGAAUUCGGAGUGCCCCUGAUUGUGGGUCUUUUUUUUUUUUUCCUUCUCACCAUCAUAAUUUUAAAAUAAAUUGGGCUAACUUUUGCUAGCCAUCUCCCCUUUUAAAAGAAGCAAGUCGGAAAGAGUUGGGGGCUGGGCAGGUGCUCUCUUCCUGUCUGUAUCUAAGACUAGAAGAGAGAGAACAGAAACCUGGGAGAGGCGGUAGUACAGCUUUAGACUGCUGGAACUCCCUCAGCCAAGAUGUUCAGCUGGCUUGGGCAUGACGACCGAAGAAGGAAGGAUCCCGAGGUGUUCCAGACUGUGAGUGAGGGGCUCAAGAAACUCUACAAGACCAAGCUGCUCCCUUUGGAAGAGUAUUACAGAUUUCACGAGUUUCACUCUCCUGCCUUGGAAGAUGCCGAUUUUGACAAUAAGCCCAUGGUCCUCCUCGUGGGGCAGUAUUCCACUGGGAAGACAACCUUCAUCAGGUACUUACUGGAACAGGACUUCCCAGGCAUGAGAAUCGGGCCUGAGCCCACUACUGACUCAUUCAUCGCGGUGAUGCAGGGAGAUGUGGAAGGAAUUAUUCCAGGAAAUGCACUGGUGGUAGACCCGAAGAAACCCUUCAGGAAACUCAAUGCUUUUGGGAAUGCCUUCUUGAACAGAUUCGUGUGUGCCCAAUUGCCCAAUGCAGUGCUAGAAAGCAUCAGUGUCAUCGACACUCCCGGGAUUCUGUCUGGAGAGAAACAAAGAAUUAGCCGAGGUUAUGACUUUGCCGCAGUCUUGGAAUGGUUUGCAGAACGUGUGGAUCGCAUCAUCCUGCUCUUUGAUGCUCACAAACUGGAUAUCUCUGAUGAAUUCUCUGAAGUUAUCAAGGCCCUGAAGAAUCAUGAAGAUAAAAUGAGAGUAGUAUUGAACAAGGCUGACCAGAUUGAGACGCAGCAGCUCAUGAGAGUGUACGGGGCCCUCAUGUGGUCCCUAGGAAAGAUCGUCAAUACCCCCGAAGUCAUCCGGGUCUAUAUCGGCUCCUUUUGGUCCCACCCGCUGCUCAUCCCAGAUAACCGCAAGCUCUUUGAGGCUGAAGAGCAGGACCUCUUCAGAGAUAUCCAGAGCCUACCCAGGAACGCAGCCCUUCGGAAGCUCAAUGACCUUAUCAAGAGGGCCCGGCUGGCCAAGGUCCAUGCCUAUAUCAUCAGCUCUCUAAAGAAGGAGAUGCCAUCUGUGUUUGGGAAAGACAACAAGAAGAAGGAGCUAGUGAAUAAUUUGGGAGAGAUUUAUGGACGGAUUGAGCGGGAGCACCAGAUCUCACCUGGGGACUUCCCCAACCUGAAGAAGAUGCAGGACCAACUACAGGCCCAAGACUUUACCAAAUUCCAGCCCCUGAAGAACAAGUUGCUGGAGGUGGUGGAGGACAUGCUGGCUCAUGACAUUGCCCAGCUUAUGGUGCUGGUGCGCCAGGAAGAGACCCAGCGGCCGGUCCAGAUGGUGAAGGGAGGAGCUUUUGAGGGUACCUUACACGGCCCCUUUGGACAUGGCUAUGGGGAAGGAGCUGGUGAGGGCAUUGAUGAUGCUGAAUGGGUGGUGGCCAGGGACAAGCCUAUGUACGAUGAAAUCUUCUAUACCCUGUCCCCAGUGGAUGGCAAAAUCACAGGUGCCAAUGCUAAAAAGGAGAUGGUACGUUCCAAGCUGCCCAACACCGUGCUGGGCAAGAUCUGGAAGCUGGCAGACAUUGAUAAGGAUGGAAUGCUGGAUGAUGAGGAGUUUGCCCUGGCCAACCACCUCAUCAAAGUCAAGUUGGAAGGGCACGAGUUGCCCAAUGAGCUGCCCUCCCAUCUCCUGCCCCCUUCCAAGCGGAAAAUGGCAGAAUGAAGGUGAUUUUUCUGAGCAAGCAUGAGCUGGAGUGAAAGAUAAGAAAUGUGACAAAAUAAAAACACACACACAUACACAUAAAUUUAAAGAACUACACCUUUACAUAAGGGUGGCCACUUUUACCAAACCAGCUAGAAUUUGACUGGUUUGGACAUGUAAUUGAGCUCCCAGUAUUGGCGGGAAUUCAUUCAAAGAACCCAGAUAAAGUAAUUUAAGGACUUCUAACCCUGUAAUUCAUAAAUAGGUAAUCCUGCCCUUUUUCUUUCCUCUUUGUCCCCAAGUUCCUUCUGCCUCCAUAAUAACUCUUAGAUUCAUACUUCUGUAGAAGUGGUCACCCUAAGUUAAAGGUGUGGUCACCCAAGGUAGCAUUCCAAUUCUUGGCUGAUUUCUAUUAUUCCCAGCCAAGAAUCUAAGUAGGCAAGAAAGGCUUUAUUCAUAAUAGGCAAUUAACAUUUUUUCUGUGUAUUUUUUAUUUGGCUUCCUAAUAUGAAAUUUUCCCAGGCAAAGUAGGAAAUGUGUGAGAAAAAAGGGAGUAAAUGAUAUCCUUCAGGCCUCUGUUUUCCAGGAUGAAGGAAGAGGCCAAUGUAUUAACCUCAAAGUUAUCUUUUCUUCAAGGUAAUUACUAAAGGACUUGUUCUAUUGAUCAGUUAGAGCAAUUGAACUAACUAUUUAGUUAGUUCUACUUGGACUUAUUUAAUCCAUCAUUUGUUUAGAGAGAUCUCAAGGGAGGAAAAAGGGAUGAAAGAUGGAGAGAAAAACCAAAGCUAUACAUUAAAAUUUUUCUGCUGAUCAUCAAAGGCAAGGGGAUUAUAGCGAACAGAUAGUGUACCAAAUUCAUAUACAUGUGGUAUAUACCCAUGGAAGCUCUGCAGUUCGGGUAUCUGGAACUCAGUUUGGUGAAGAGGACCAGAGAUGGAAUUAUUAUCUUUUCUUCCUGAUCUUAAAGCAUGGAAGACACCUUGCAAGGAAAGCCCUACCCUACUCACAUUCUGAAUCUUGCUGGAGCUGCCUCCUAAAAAAGAGGGGUGGACAGUCAAUAUGUCCAUCUGACAAGUGAAAUUAGAGAAUCUUGCUACCCAAAAUCUGGGACUUCUUGAGGGUCCAUAUUAUGGAAACUCACCAGAGCCACUGGCCACUCACCAGAAAAUAGGUUGGGCAAAAUGGUUAUCAUCCAGUACUCUUUCAUCUUUCACCUCUUGCUUCCAGUAGCUUUCUGAGCUGCACCCAGGUGAUAGCCCUUUUGCAGUGUGACCACUUAUUUGUUGUCAAAAAAAAUCUCUCCAUCCGGAGUUCCCAUCUUUCUGGUAACUCUCCAUCUUCCUUUUGCUUUUUGAUAUCAUAUCAUUCCUUCAUAUGAUGUGCUUGUACUGUGACAGGAGACAAACCCCAGAUGAGCCUAAUUUAUUUUAUAUCUCUGUUCAGAUUCUAUAGAUAGAUAUUACAUGUAUCUGUAAUGUGUCUAUUCUUGCAUUGCAUAUUGUCAAGUGUUCACACAUUAAUACAAUACAUUAAUCAUUUGGAACCCUUGGUCCCAGAACAUCAUUCAAAUGAUUGGAGACUGAGGAUGGUGAAAUAGAAAGGCUAGAGUUCUUUAAGGGCAUUCUACUCAAUGCUGCUGCAAAGUCCACAAAAAAAUACACUGAAGUCAUUAGGGUUUUGGAAUAUCUCCUUCAGAAAGUCCCAGUGGUUCAUCCUGGACCAAGCUACAAAAGGCACAUAUAGAAUACUCUCAUAUGCUCCCACAUAGGAAGGAUUUUCUUCUGCAUCAUACAAUUCCUUUUAUUUUAAGGUUAAAACAAAGGGGGAGGUGCCCUUUUCAUGGGGUUCAUUUCAUAAACAAGGAAAGUAGCAUUCAGCAAGGCUCGGUACUAGACCUCAGUCACCUAAGGUUUCACAUCCUGGCUCUGCCACAUGUGUGUGACAUCAGGCAAGUGGCUUAAUCUCUGUGAGCCUUAGUUUCCUUGUAUAAAAUGAAAAGAUUAAACUAAAUCAGAAAUGUCAAAAACAUGCAUUGUGGCUAGCAACUCUGCCCAUAACAGAUUGAAAUGUCCAUGGGAAAUCACAAAAAUACAUUAAAACACAGACAAUGUUAAUAUGUGAUGUUCUAAGUCACCGUGCAGCCCACAGGGAUGCCCCUCUUUUGACCACUGGAUUAGAUCAUUUCAGAGUUGCCGUCCCACUCCAAAUAUACUUCUGGGAAAACUGAAGAGGGUCAUCAAAAGUUCCAUCAUAGAAUGCAGUAUAAUUAAACAAAAGCCACUGGAUCCAAGAUCUGGAGACCUGAGAUCAAGUUUUGACUCUGCUCUUAAAUAGUUGUAUGAUCUUGGUCAAAUAUUUUCAAAUUCUGACCUCCAGUUUCCUUGUCUGUAAAAUAAAGGGAGCAGAAAUAGAUCAUCCUUAGGGACCCCUUUCAGUACUACUAUCUAAGAUGAAGGUGGGUAGAUUGCUGGGGGGACCAGUAUUCUUUAAGGAAGAAUGGAAAAGAGAAGGGAGUUAGGGGAAGGCAGAGGGCAUCAUUUCAAAGAGUAAAGAGAAUAUCCCAGUAACCUUUGUUCUUAUAUAUUCAGCUACUUGAAACUUUAAGAUAUCUACUCUCCUCCUCCCUUAGUGGAGCUGUUUUGUUGUUGUUUAUUGUUUUUCCCUUUCCCUUUUCCUUCAAAAGAACUUUGCUGGAGGAAAAGUAUAAAAAUUUUACUUAGAGGAAAAAAAUUCAAGACAAUUCUACUCAGUCCACUCUUUCUGUUUGUUUUGUUUUGGAAUUAAAUCAGAUUUCUAAAAUGCAUGUGGUGUAAGAGCAGCUG